UUUGGGAAAAGCAAGACUUUAGUUAGCUCUUCUUAGCUGUUACCAAAAAAAAACUUUCUUCUUAGUUACCGUUUUUUUUUCCUCUUUGAUCUCUCUGCAAUUUCUACUUUUUUUCUCUCUGUUCUGUACGUAAAUUCAACAUACUGUAACUGAACACUGUGUUACUGCUGGAUCUCUAUUUAUUUUCAAAUUAAAGCAUUUUUUUUAACAGUCUUUAUCGAAAUUCAGUCUUGAGCAGCGGAAAUGGCGAAUCGAGUGAGGGAAGAUGAGAAAAAUGAACGGAUAAUUAGAGGACUUUUGAAGCUUCCAGAGAAUCGUCGAUGCAUUAAUUGUAACAGUCUGGGCCCCCAAUACGUAUGUACAAAUUUCUGGACAUUUGUUUGCACCCCCUGUAGUGGAAUACAUCGCGAGUUCACACACAGAGUAAAAUCAAUAUCAAUGGCUAAAUUUACUACACAAGAAGUUACUGCUCUUCAAGAAGGAGGAAAUAAGCAUGCAAGAGAAAUCUAUCUUAAAGAAUGGGAUCCACAACGUCAGUCUGCCCCUGAUAGCAGUAAAGUUGAUCGCCUUAGGGACUUUAUUAAGCAUGUUUAUGUGGAUAGAAGAUACAGUGGAGAUAAGAACUAUGGAAAGCCUCCUAAGCUGGGAGACAAAGAUGACUCGUACCGAGGAGGGUCUCGAAGUCCACCGUAUGAGGAUACGUAUGAACGUCGUCAUAGUGAAAUGUCUAGUCCUGGUGGAAGAAGCGAUGACAGGAAUUCCAGACAUGGUUAUGAUGAAAGAAGAAGCCCUGGAUAUGAUCAAGAAAGUAGACAGUAUAAUGAUCAUCGGAGAAGUCCUGCUCGUCCAGAGGUAGUCAACGAUUGGCGUCGGGAGGAUAGAUUUGCAAAUGGAAGGAAAGCUGAUGACCAUAGAGCCUCUGAUGGAGAAUCUAAGCUAGAAAGCAGGUCACCUGAGCGGCUGAAAGAUCCAGAAUCCUCUAGUCCACCUGUUGUGCGGCCUGUUAGAGAAAUUUUAGGGGAUAACAUAGUGCCUCUUCGUAUUGGUGAACCUCCCAAAGCCAAUAUAAGGGCUGCUGAUGGAUUUUCACAGACACAGAGAACUGCUUCUUCUAGUAGCUUGGGAUCUACAAAUAGUAAUCCGCCAGAAGUCAAAUUGGAGAAUGCUGUAAGCUUAAUUGAUUUUGAUGCUGAUCCUGAACCACCUGUUACUAGCACAGUGCCUCAAGCACAACAAACAACUGCAUCCCACUCGAUUGCACAACCAGCUAGUGCAACUAAUGACAAUAAUUGGGCUUCUUUUGAUUUUAACCCUGAUGUGAAGGUGAGCCAAACUUCUCCACAUGCCAAUUCCCUGGACUCUGUUCUCUCACAAUUGUCAGUUCCAGCUUCUACACCCAGUCAUGCAGCUGGACCAGGAGCUGCACCUGCUGCACCAGUUAUGUCGGCCGGAAAUGCACCUGUAUUCCCCCUUGAUACAAAUGCUUCUGUAGUGAAUACAAUUAAUAGCUUGCCAACAUUUCACCCUGUUGGUGUUUCAACUGUGGCCCCUGGAUUGGCACCUCCAGUUCCUGUCAAUGGUGGGCCAUGGCCUAGCGUGCAGCAUCAACAACCUUUUCAGUUUCCAGCUUCCAGUGGUCAGCCUACCAAUCAACAAUUUACCCCUCCAUUCAAUGGUGCAUUAGGCAAUCAGCCAUGGAAUUUGUCAGUGGCCUCUAAUGUGCCCACAAACUUGAAUACACAAACCGCUGGAGCCCCUCAUGGGGUCUCAGCACCUGCCCCGGGUUCUGCAUCACAGCCUCCAGCCAUAGAUGUAAAAUCAAGUGGAAGACAAGAACUGCCUGCGGAUCUUUUCACAGCAACCUAUUCAUCUUUUCAUGCACCAGUUCAUGGGUGGCAAACUGGUCCGCCCCGUGGUGUGGGGUUUUCCAUGCAAUAUAUCAAUGCUCCAGUGCCCAUGCCAAUGCCAACUUCCAUCCAGCCUUCCAAAUCGAUGAAUCCUUUUGAUCUCAAUGAGCCAUCCCCGGCGCAAGUCCAAACUUUUCCUACAAUGGCGUCUUUGCAAGGGGCUCUCCCAAACAUGCCAACAUCUUAUGGCUUACAGCAUAACUCUGGUCUUGGUGGUCAAUCAUCAGUGUGGACGCCGUCCCACUCAUUACCUUAUCAAUCAGCGUUGCCUCCUCAGCAACCGUCUUAUGUGUCAGCUAUACCCCCAAGAACAUAUAUGGGACAGCAAAUGCCAAGUAGCAUGGCACUUUCUGGCCCCCAAGGAACCUUUGGUACUGACAGAGCUGCUUAUGGUACCGUAAAUAUGGAUCAACAGUUAGCCGGUAAAUUCUCAGCUCCUGCAGCCCCUUCGCCAUUCUCUUCUAUCGGAGGGAACCCUUUUGGCUGAGCUCAAUCGUAAGUAAACCCGUGUUCUUAUUUCAUUGAAAGCAUCAACUUGUUGCUUCCUCCAAAUAGCUGGGUGAAAAGUUUUGAUUCUUAAUAUCUGUCGAGUCUUCCAGCCAAAUGACCGAUGUUUGCCUAGUUGAAAGGUCAAUUUGUCCAUAUUAGCCCUGAAUUAUUUGGAGAGAGCAAGAGAGUACGAUUAAGAAGAGUAGGACAUCUUCACUGGGGGAUUUAGGUUUUAAUUUUAUAUAUUUUUUCUAAUGUGCCUAUAAUGUCUAUUGGCGUUUGUAUUUUAUCAUUUUUAUGUGUUGCCUGCUUCUCUUAGAAGUCAUUAUUUUACCAUCUUCUUCAUGUAUGAUAUUGAAAAUUCUUCAUGUUUUGGCGAGGCGUUCGAGUCUGUGAAAAGUUAGUUUGUAUGCAUAUAUUGUUGAUUAUUAAGAUUAUUUUUCUCUGACA